CUCGGGUAUAAACCAGAGGCGCCGGAGCAGAGUCGCUCACAAACCCAGUGUGCAGUGGAAAAGUAUUGACAGCGCUUACUGCCUUGAAGCAUCGCCUGACGCGUGGGUCCCUUGCAGCCUGGCCAUGAGGGGUUUUCUCAGCGCUAUCUUCCUGCUCCUCGUCCUGGUGAUUUGCUCCAUUGAUGUGGACGCUUACAAAUGUAGGUGCAUUCGCAAGAGACCGAAGCUCAGUUACAAGGACGUGCAGAAGGUCGAAAUGAAAGCGCGAUAUCCUUUCUGUAAAGAGAAAAUGGUCUACAUCACCACGGGUCGGUACGGUGGCAAGCAAUAUUGCCUGCAUCCCAAACUAUCCAGCACCACGAAACUACUGAACCAAUUCACCAAAUGGAGGUUACCAUCCGAGGAGUAGAUGGGACGUCCAGAGCCAUCGUGCCCCGUGGCUGCGCUUUCCCUGGAGACAGAUUCAUCGCCCAAAGUCGGAUCAAGGAUCGUUCUUCCCACCGCAAUAAAAUCGUAUGUUUACUAUUGUGGUAAGAUGUUGCUUCACGAAACGCCCGGCCAAACCAUCCGAGUUUGGAGGCGUCAGUCAAGAAGUUUCACGUCCAGUCUACAAACUUCCGCCUCACAACCGUGCAGAAAACUACACCAAGCGACCGAAUGACAAGGAGAAAAGGGGACAGAGGGCGUGGGGGAGUGUUUUUUUUCCAAUAAAAGUAGUGGGAUUUGAUAUUUUUUGUAUUUCAUUACCCGUGAGGUUUAUAAAAAAUAUAUACUCUUAAUCUAUUUGUGUGCAGAAGUAAUUCUGUUUGUGUUAUUUUUGAGCGCUUUGAUUGUCUUGUAGGUAGAGGCUUCCUUCUGUAAAGGGCGAAUUAGGGUAAAUAAAUGUGAGAGCGUGUUGUAUUUGCUUCCCUUUCUGUGCCAGAGGAAGCAAACCCGUGCGUUGGAGGGAGAAAGCUUUGGAUCCCAGGCAACGCUGCAGUACCGCCCCGGCUUGAGAUGUGUUUUGCCCCCAACCCUCCCCCCUGUAUAUCCAUCCUUCGGGUUUGCCCACUACACCAGCGCGCUUCGUGUAAAUACAGCGGCAUUUAAGAAUUUGUAAUGAGAUAUUCGGGAUCGCGUUUGAUUCUUUCGUAUUUUUUGAAUAAAGUUUAAGAAAUUGCUGAAAAAUA